AUGUCAUUUUAUUAUAGUUUAAUAAAGCAUAUAUUAAAUAAUAAACAACUAAGAGUAAUAAUAUUCCAACAUGUAACUAGUAUUCAUCGACAACUAGCUGUAAAGACUGCUAAAUCCAAAGAUUUAGAAUCAUUGCGCGAUUAUAUCAAAUAUGGUCGAACUGAUCUUUUCAUCAAACACUUUGAUCGGUUUCAUCAAUUGAUUCUAAUGGUUGAUCAACAAUCAAAAAGAUAUAAAAAGAUAAACAACCAUAUUCAUCUUUCUUUUUUAAAGAAUAAUUAUAUUAAAAGAUUAUAUUGGGUAUUUGAUAUUGUAUUUGAAAAGAAUAAUCAUGUUGCAAUGAAAUAUUUAAUUGAUAGACUUGGUAUAACAAAAAAAGACUUUCAAUCAUACAGACCACACUUUACAACCAGUCUCUAUCAAUUCACAACCGAGAUGUUCUACGUAUUGAGAGAUGCAAACUUUUCAACACUUGUACCAUCUCUUCAAAAUGCUAUGAUCAAUGUAUUGAUUAAACUUGGUGGCUGUGAUCAAUUGGAAUCAUAUCUAUCUAAAUUGUAUAACCCAAACCCAUCAUCACCAUCACCUUCACGUCAUCCAUUUAAAAAUUCAUUUUCAUCUUUACUUUCCAACAACAACAACAAAGAAGAAAUGAUUUAUACUCUUCAGAUGAUAGAUAUAUUUAAAAGAUAUUCAAUCAAUGUUAUUGAAGAUGUAUUGAUUGGAGCAGUAGAGAAUAAUCAUUUGGAGAUGAUAAAGUGGAUCGUGGAGAAUGUACCUGAAAAGAAACUAAUUGAAAUUUGCCUAGAUCUUGAUAUAUUCCGUGUAUUAGAGGAACAUGGUAAAAAAGAGGUGUUGGAGAUGCUACCAAUACCAGAGAAUCCCCCAUAUGGUUUGGGUGGCUCGGGAAAAGGAAAUCUGGAUUACAUGGAGUAUUUUUUACAGAUAUCUCGUCGUGGUCAUAUUCGUGUCAUUGGAUUGUUGGUACAAAAUCUUGCAUAUGGUCGAUUGGAUGCAAUUGAAUUGAUCCUAUCAAACUAUCAAGAGCAAUUACGACAAGAUCAGACUUUUAAUGACCAGCUGGUCAUCGACAACAUUGAUCCAAAAUGUUUUUCAGUUGGUUUGGUCACAAGACUAAUUGAUUUGGGAUUCAAAGUACCCCUCUUUGAUUCUUUUCUUGAAACUGUCAUCCAAGACAAUCAACUAGAUACCUUGAUCGAAUUGGAUCCUCCAGCUCUCAAACUACCACUACGAGUCCAAAAUUUUACUAGACUACUCGGCUAUGCAAUAGAAUGUAACAGUCUAUCUUCAAUCGACAUUCUACUACACCAUCCACGAUUCCAAGAGUUUCAAGAUCACACCACCACCACCACCACCACUCUCACGAUUGACAUUAGUUGUAUCAAACCACAAAGCGUGCCAACGAUUGAAUAUUUAUUCUCCUUGUCAACCAUACCUGUUAUUAAAUUCAACUGUGAUUUCUCCCUUUCUAUCAAUUAUAUGGCAGCAGUCGAUUACGAGUCUGUUUCAAAGGUUAUUCGAUUGGUUUACAGACCCAACAUUAUUGACCACUGUCAGUUGGUUGGUAUAUUUGUUUUGGCCAAUGAUAUAGAAUGGUUGUUUGACCAUAAUAUCAUUACCAAUGAAACCCGUUCAGGUCUAUUUGGUGGCUCCAAUCAUAGUAUAUUUACAUGUAUAUUGGCAAUUGCCUGUCGAAAUGGAAAUUAUAAAGCUUUGGAUUUUCUUUUCGACAAUUGUUUAUCCAUCCAAGUCAACGAUCAUUUAUCAUUGACGAGUUUGGCACGUCUACCAGAUGACCAACAGUUUGAACGAUUUUGGAAAAAGAUAGUCAUAACAGAUGCUCGAACUGCCGUUACCGUUGCUCAUAUUAUUAUACGUAUCAUUUUACUUCCAAAAGAAGUUUGUAACCCAAAAAGAGCAAAGUUUAUUGCUGACAUUUAUGGUACUUUUCUUCUGAAUCCUUACCAUCAGAUCAACCCAAUACGUGGUCCCUCAAUCAUGUACCUUGAAGAUAAUCAUCCUUUUGCUCACUAUCCAACUCUAAUGGAGGUGUUUUGCUCUGAUCAGAAAGUAGGAUGGAUUAAUAGUUAUUCAUUUGCAGAUCAAUUGAAAAUCUUUCAAAAAGCAAUCAGUUUUGGUUAUAUCCUUCCUAUCCCAAGUUUUUAG